AUGCAGCGAGGCAGGGUGCGGGCGGCGCCGGCGGCGCUGCUGGCGCUGCUCUGCGCCGCGCUGCUCCCGCUCCGCCCGGAGGCCGCCAGGGCGCACAAGCAGCGGCCGGCGCGGACCCGGAGCUGCGGCGAGCGGCCCGAGGAGCUGCUGGAGCAGCUGUACGGGCGGCUGGCGGCGGGCAUGCUCAGCGCCUUCCACCACACCCUGCAGCCCGAGCCGCCGGGCCGCCAGCACAACGCCAGCUGCCCCGCCGGGGCGCGGCCGCCCGCGGACAAGAGGGUCCGGCUCCCCGUCAACCUGCGCAGCGCAUCGCCCUGGGCGUACAGAAUCUCCUACGAUCCCACGAGAUACCCUAAGUACAUUCCCGAAGCCUACUGCCUGUGCAAAGGCUGCCUGAUGGGGAUCUUCGGCGAGGAGAGCCCGCAUUUCCGCAGCACCCCGGUGUUCAUGCCCACGGUCAUCCUGCGCCGCACGCCCGCCUGCGCCGGCGGCCGCUACGUCUACACCGAGGAUUACAUCACCAUCCCCGUGGGCUGCACCUGCGUCCCGGAGCAGGAAAAGGAGGCGGAGAGCGUCAAUUCCAGCAUAGAUAAGCAAGAAGUGAAGUUGCUGGUGGGCCAGAACAAGCCCUCAUCGGAAUGAAGAAUGUAUUAAAAGUCAUGUUUCAGUACUGGCCUCACAUCAUCAUCUCACCACUCCAGGAAAUCACGCUGCAGCAGCAAACGCACUCACUUGCCCUCUUUUUUGCUUAUUUCAGAUAUAAGAUGGAAAGUCCAGUCACUCAGAUCAUCAGAGAUGGCGAUUCAUUCUACUUCUUUAGCUCAUGUAAACUUGUUUAGCUCAUUAUCGCAAAUUCCAAAGUAGCCUUUGUUUUUCCUUAGAGGAGAACAUUUUAUCUUUGCUUAUUCACAGUAAAUUUUAGAAGAUGCAACUGUAAGACAUGGUAGCUAUUACUAUAGCAAGCUACUGGUUGUAGAUGUUUUUAAGGAAUCUCUUAUAUUCUACUUUUAAGUACCCUUAUAUAAAAAUCACAUAGUUGCUGUACAUGUGACAAAUCAGCAGUUAAAGGAUAAUUUCUCAGACUGGGAGAGCCUCCCUUUAUACUGCAUAAACUCCAAACUUUGCCUCUGAGCUGUUACCUCUUUGGCUAAUUUGUACAUUACAGUGAGGAAACCUUUGCUGAGUUGGACUGCAAUCAUGAAGCAAUAUUCCAUGUGCUUGCUAUUUUUAAAUGCCAAAUUGCUAAGGGUACAAAGGUGUUGAGAAAAAACUUGCUAGGAUAUUGUAAAAAUGCAGCGGACUUUCUUGAUGAGGACUAAGUCUAAUUACACAGAAAAUAUCAAAUAGAAAAAACAGUUUGGGUCCCAAGAAUUCUGUAUUCAAUUUCAUCCAUCACUGACUGCUUAACUUCCUUGUGAUAAAACCGUGUUCCAUGCAGCUGAAAGGUCAAAACCUUUUUGUUUUAGUAGGGAUUCCCUAUUAAAAAGUAAGUACCAAGGAUCAGCUUCACCUCAGGUGCACUGCAGGUGAGUAAGCAGGCUAGGUCUUAACUUCCAGAUCCUACAAGAAGUCAUUGAGUUGAGUCCCAGCCAACACAAACUUGUUAAACCCAACUGAUUUUACAAUUACUGUUACUCAUUUCUGCUUAUGCUAGAUCACCUGCAAAAGCUGAUGCUCUGCAGAAUGGCAGCCUUCCAUCUGUGCAGCCUGCUGCUGCUGGAAUCUGAUGGCAGGCCCUCACCAGAAACCCUGCAGACACAAAACCUUGCAUUUUCAGAACAAGAGACUGAAGCUGACUCAGCCUAGUGAAUGAAAAUCAGGAAAUGACCAGGCAUUCUUUGCACGAGCAUAAUUCCUCAGAGGGCCACACUCGCCCAAACGGAUAAACCUCUGAAUGCACAGCAGAGAAUCUCUCUUACAGCUGAAGGAUCAUGACUGCAAUAUCUUUACAGAAUAAACAUCAUAUGCAGCAAUGUAUCUGCUGCAUCAUGAAUCUCGAAAUUUGCCUUAAUUCAUAGCAGAGAAAGCCCCUACACUACAUAAACACACUCUUCUUUGGAGCGUUGUUGGAUGAAGAAUGGAAAGACCAUGAGCUAAUCACAACUAACAAGUUGAAGACAGAAUGAAAAUCAUGACAACUCCAUGUCUUGGUGCGUAAUUAUUAACUGUGCUCUCUCUGACUCAGUCUAGCAUAACAUUAUUUUUACAGUGCAACCUGUGAAUCUUUUUACAAAGCCUAAAAUAAAUUUAAGAACUCCAGAAAUGAAUAAAGAUUCCCAUCACGAUGUCA